CAGGCAUGUUUGAGUUGAAUAAUAAGAAAACAUACAUACCUAUUAUCUGUAUUAUUCGAGUUCAAAUUCUAACCGUAUUAUCUGAGUAUUUUAUUUAGUUUAAAUUUUAUUCUACCCAAUCAGAUCGAAUUGGAGCGGGUAUCCGUAAUUGUCGUUAUUUUUGCGUUGCAUUUCCUUUGUCUAAGUUUAGCUCCUCAGUUUCUGAAAAUCUGACUGGAAUGGAUCACUUUCGGCUCACGGGGACCGAAUGCUAUUAUUUUUGUAGGCAAUUGCUUGGGCCUAGGCCUCGGAUCCCCGUUUUUAUAUGGUGGCUUCAACAAUUUCCUUUCGAAUGAGCCCAAUACGCAGCCCACUACCCCACAGUAGGUGGGACUUUAUAUGGUUAGGUCAAAAGAUUGGGGGGAAAAGAUCCACUGAUCAAGAUUCGUAACCGCCCUUCUCCAUUUUCACUCGCUCAAGAAAAGAUUCGAGAAAGUUUUUCACCAAGGAAAAUGUGAGAAAAUCAAAACAGAAACGAACAGUUCCCGAGUCCCGCCCCAGCCCAGCACUUCAGUUGUUUCUUCUUUCUUUCUGUCUCUCUGAAGAUAUUUCUUUACUUUCUUUCUACCCGCUCACAUUGUAUUUUUCUUCCUAAUUCCUUCAUACUCUCACUCUCUCUAGCUCUUGUGCGCCCAAGCCUGAUGGAGGAAGCGACCAGCAGAGGAGGCGGAGGAGGAGAAUCGUCUCCUUCCAGGGUGGAGCUCGAGGCAGAGGAGACAUCAAUCGUCUCCGGGAGAAAGCCGACGGAAGACGCAAUCAAGAGCACGAGUUGCGGCGGAUCCGUUCCCGACUCGCCACCUCCAUCCAACGCCGACCUCGAGUUUCCAAUUGCUCCAGUGAGUGCACCAUGAGAGUUUUCGGUUCACAUAAUUCAAUUCGUACCUCUCUUACAUUCUCGCUCUUUUCUUCCACCGGUUCUUCAAUUCCCUGCUUAAGCGUUCGGAAGGGGACGAAUUUGACUGUUUUGAGAUGGAGGAGGAAGCGAGCACCAGCGAGGAAAGAGGAGGAGGAUCGUCCCCUUCGGCAACCUACCUGAAAUUUAGAGACAGACAGAUUGUCACGAUGGAGCUCGAGCCUGGGAAUACAACGAUCUUUUCGGG